CCUAAAACUUCCGUAACUCGUCCUUAUCAGCCUUUCCGCGAGCCACCACUCCUCCCGAGAGGCACGCCAAGCCAAAAGCAGUCACCAUGCAGCGCGCCACCGUCCUCUUCGCGUUCGUCUCUGUGCUCGUCUGUGGCGUGACAGCUGAGCCCCUGGCUGUUGACCCCGUGCAGCAGUUCAAGGACUUCCUGGGCGGAUUCGAGAAUGUCAAAGACUUCCUGGGAGGACUCGAUGUGACAAAAAACAUGGGUACGUGGAUGGGGUGUGGAGAACAACACACAGACACACGUACAGUGAGCCGUUGCCGCAUCUCUCGGUCUCGUGUGUGCACAGGGCAGGUCAAGAAGUUCCUCGAAGGACUGGAGGAGAACGUCAGCCUGGGUACGUACGCAUCCCCACACACGUAGCUGUAGCCGCAACACGCCUGUGCGUGCCGCAACUGCUUCUGCGAUUCAGGGAGCAUUAAGAAUGUGCGUGAGAAGGCCACUCUCGCCCUCGACAACUCGUUCAAGACCAUCAAGGCAAUCCAGACGCGCAGAGGGCCACAGGACGAGCCGCGCAAGCCGCGCAUGACUGCAGCGAGCGAGGAGGAGGAUGACCCGAUCAUCGACUUCAUCAACGACAUUCUCCAGGGCGUCGACGACCUGCUCAACGACCUCGAUGAGCAAUUGACGGACGACCAGAGGGAGCUGCUUUUGCAGAUCAGGGCGUUCUUCGUUGCGUUGCUAGCUGUCUUCAGCAUCAACAUCUAGGCAUGUGUGUGUAUUAUUUGUCUCGUUGUUGAUGUGGUGCGUGUGGGUGGGUGGGUGCGUGCGUGCAGUCAGGACAGUCGUGUGUGCGUGCCGUGCAUGGGUCUGAAUGUGGGUGCCUAAAGGAAGCGCCGGCAGGACGCGUGCAUGCUCGCAUACAUACAUACAUACGUACAUGGCAUGGUGGAAUGGGAGGGAUCUCAGAGAGACUUCGUUCGUUCGUGUGUGCUGUGCUCUAUGCGUUUAGGCGCGUGUGAGUAGGUUACAGAAGACAGACACAGCCAGCAGGCCGAAUCGGCCAGCCAGCCGGCCCUACCAUGUGAUGAUGACUUUUGGCGUACAUUUCUUGAGAAUUUCGACUGAUCGAACGGACUGGCUUUCGGUAGGUAUGUGUUACUUUUGGGUGGAGUUGACGACGUAUGCGGACGUAUGCGUGAGUGUGAUGGAUAUGUGUUGCAUUCGAAUGGACGGACACACCUGAAGGGAUGAACUCUGAGACACAAAUGUAUAUGACGACAAACCCACACACAGCCC